AUGAACUACCGUUUAUACACCAAAUGUACAUUAAUCUCUCCGAAGUAUAAUCCGGUGGUUGUUAGUAAGCAACAGGGAAACGUUUAUUACCAGCCCACUAUUUGGGAUUACACUUUUGUCGAGUCGCUUCAAAGCAACUACAAGGGCCACGGAUACAUAAACCAAAUAGAGAAGUUGAAGAAAGAGGCGACCACUAUGCUUGAAAAGGCUGCGACACCCUUGGCGCAACUUGAGAUGAUCAAUGUCAUUCAAAGGCUAGGAAUGAAGUAUCUCUUUGAGGAGGAGAUCAAGGAAAUGCUUGUUAACAUAUAUAAGGACAAACCGAACGGUGGGGAAAUAUAUAACUUACAUGCUAGUGCUCUCAGAUUUAUGCUCCUCAGACAAUAUGGCUUUAAGGUCUCUCAAGAUGUGUUUGCUAUCUACAUGGACACAAACGGUUUUAAGGAACACCUGAGUGAGGAUGUCAAGGGAAUGUUGAGCUUAUAUGAAGCUGCACAUUUAGCUUCAGAAGGUGAAAGCAUACUAGAGGAGGCCAUACUAUUCACAAAAAGAAAACUCGCUGAAGGGAUCAACAACAAUGUAGAACUUAGAAAUCAAGUAAAUCGCUCCCUGGAGAUUCCAUUGCAUUGGAGGAUGGAGAGAUCAGAAGCUAGGUGGUACAUCAAUGAAUAUAAAGAUGCACAAGAUAUGAACCGUGUUUUCUUGAAAUUGGCUGAAUUAAAUUUCAAUAUAUACCAAGCCACACACCAGGAAGAUCUUCGAAAUAUGUCAAGGUGGUGGAGGAGUCUCGGUGUCGCUAGCAAACUGAAUUUCGCAAGAGACAGGCUAGUUGGGAGUUUCUUAUUUAGCAUUGGGAUUUCAGCAGAGGCAAAGAGCCAACGUUGCACAGAAUGGCUCACAAAAGUCAUGAAUUUUGUGCUAAUUAUUGAUGAUAUAUACGACGUUCAUGGUUCAUUAGAAGAACUCGAGAUAUUUGCCGAUGUCGUUGAAAGGUGGAAUACCAAGGACAUGGAAAAGCUACCGAUCUAUAUGAAAAUAUGUUUCUUAGCGCUUUACAAUACAACUAACGAAAUGGCUUUUGAGGUACUGAAAGAGCAAGGCCACGACAUCUUACCUUACUUAACCAAAUCAUGGGCAAAUUUUAUAAAAGCGAUGCUAGUAGAGGCGAGGUGGUGUAACAAGGGAUAUACACCGACGGUUAAGGAAUAUUUGUCAAACGGCUGGCUUUCCUCAUCUGGUUCGGUGUUUCUAGUUCAUGCAUUUUUCGCAACCAAACAACGAAUCACAACUGAUGUUCUACGAGCUCUAGAAGACAAUCAUAAUCUUUUGUAUUGCGCUUCCAUGAUUUUCCGACUUUCCAAUGAUCUUGCAACUUCGUCGGCGGAGCUAGAAAGAGGUGAUGUCUCCUCAUCAGUACAUUGUUACAUGCGUGAAAUGAGCAGUUCCGAAGAGGAUGCACGUUUGUAUAUAAGUGGACUUAUCAUGGAUACAUGGAAGAAAAUGAACGAGUCUAUCAUCGACACAACAUUCGAUCUUCCUUUUAUUCGCAUAGCUUUAAAUCUUGCACGAACAGCAAUGUUUUUCUAUCAAUACGGGGAUGGGCUUGGAGUUGAAGACGGUAAAAGUAAAGAUCAUGUUUUAUCUUUGAUUGUUAAUCCGAUAUAG